UACUUUGUGCAGGAGAACUUUAUAUGGGAUAGGGAACAUGAUAUCUUUAUCAGGAAGAUCUACUACCACCGGAUAGCUAGGCGACUUUAGCAGAUGAUGCAGGACAUUCGUCGGGGGUACGACCACCUCACGAUUUGGCUCCGUCCAGAUAUUAAGAAGGAAUUGGACAUCCAUUUUAGUACUGAUAAGGUGUUCAAGUAUCGCCAUCUGACGAACAGAACUAAUUGGACUUUGCCGAGGUCGUCGAAGUAUACUGAUGGGUUGGCGACUUUCAUGAAGACGAAGAGCAGGGUGUCUAAGUCGUUAGAGCGUGAGGCGACAUCGGCGGAGACCUUUAAGUAUACCCAUAUGUUGAAGGCCAACAAGGAGAGAUUUGCUGAUGAGCGGUCUGCGGCUCAUUAUGUGAGUUUCAAUUAAUUCUAAGUUUGAAAU